AUGUGGGAUUGCCGUCGUGGAAUUCCUGAUGAGAACUACAAUCUCGCAACUCGUGAGCUUACCCCAACACAGCGACGAGAGCUGGACAUGAUUGUUACUGAAGUUCCAAACGGUAUUCUUCUUAUCACGGGAGGACCUGGCUUUGGAAAGACAACAGCAGUUGUUGCUCUUGUCAACCUUCAUUUACUGUCCGGAAAGCUCUUAUAUGGGCUUGCAAGCGCGAACUCUGCCGUCGAUAACUUCCAUGAGCGUACGCUCAAGGGCACAGCCGGCACAAAGCGACUCCAGCGUGUUUACACUGAGUCACAUGAGAUUAGAUGGCUGGAAGAUCUAGAUGCAAGUAACUUCCACAGCUUGCCAACGCUAAAAGAAUUCCCAUCGGACCCUCAAGCCAUAUAUAGAGGAUCCUUGUCUCAAACGGUACUCCAAAUUGCGGGCGUCAUUCCUACCGAGGAAGACUGGCUACUGGAACUUAGAGGCGAACACCCCGAUCUUGUCGCUUUUUUGCAGACACCUGUUGCCCAGCGCGAUCAUGUAGUAGAUGCGAGACAGGGGCGCCAAACUUGGUACAAAAACAUUUUCGCUGCUAUUCUUGGCAAGGUUGACAUGGUCUUUUGUACAACAACCUGCUCUGGAGAGAGAUUUCUACGGGACUUCAACAAGAAAGUCAAGUGUCAUGUCUUCGAUGAAGCUGCCUCUACAGGAACCCGAAAUAUUAAUAUCCUGGAAAGGACUCGGGCAAAAAAUGGCGAGAGAAUCAACAAGCUUGCCCCAGAAGCUGGGUUACCAAUGAUGGAGCGAUUGUACAAGGACGGAUGGCCGAGAUGGAAUCAGCACGAGCAGUUACGAAUGCCUGCAGGUCUUUUCGACGUUGCUGCAGUCACCUGCUAUAAUUCCAAACAGCCAUGGAGCUACGGAGAGGUUAACAGUCUCGAAAACGAUCCUAGCUUGUUUCCACAGGCGCGACUUUUUGAAAAGUGGGCGAAAGAGAAAAAAGCUGUCAAUCCUGUAGCGAAUCGUCCAGCAACACGUGUUACCCCAGCGCCAAAGUUUCAUGUGUACCCAUUAUUGGUAGACGUCCAGGACACAUACGCUUACAAGAACGUUAGAGGAACAUCUGGAGGAAACACCCAGACAGCUCACUAUGUCCUCACAUACAUGAAAGACUUGGUACAAAAGGGUAUCGCAAAAGUGUCUGACUUUGGGGUUGUUACACCCUACCUUGAGGAGGUUGCGCUGUACAACGAGGUUAAACGAACUAUACCUUUCUUCAAAUAUUUGAAAGUCACCACUGCCUGCCACUGCCAAUAA